CACUGCUGCCGGUAGAGACUCGUAAUUGUUUGAGCCAAACACUAAAAGAACAAAUAAAUAGCAUGGUUCGUGGAACACUACGUGGGGGCAGACCCAUGCGCGGUGGCAUUCGCCCUCCUUUCAAGAAAACAUUUGUUCCUCGCCAUCCUUUCGACUUAACACUGGCUGAAGUGGUUUUUCCAAAAGUAUCUCCGCCGGUUGACGACUCUGCAUUAACAGCGGCACUAUUAAAACGAAACCAAGAUUUGAGCCCUACUCCAGCCGAGCAAACCUCUUUAGGAAACUUAGUAACUAAAGUUCAAUCUGUUUUGGACAACCUGGUAGUUGCGCCGGGCGACUUCAAUACAUGCCAACUCGAGGAGGUGCGUCAAGUUGGGUCAUUCAAAAAAGGUACUAUCCUUACUGGCAAUAACGUGGCUGACAUUGUCGUUAUACUUAAGACGCUGCCGACUAAGGAAGCAUGCGAGGCUCUUGCCAAAAAGGUGGAGGCCGACCUUAUGAAUACUAUGAAAACUGAAGUGUUGAUUAAAGCUGACCAGCUCUUGACAACUAUACACGACAAGGGCUUUGAUAUAGCUAAUUCGCAUUCAAAGGUGUGCAUAAUGAUUGCUACACUGCCCCAGAACAUUCGCAAACUGGAACCGGAGAUUCAUCUCGACCACAAGGUGAUGCAGAGCCAUUUGGCAGCUAUACGUCAUACCCGCUGGUUCGAAGAAAACGCUCACCAUUCAUCGAUAAAAGUUCUCAUACGUAUUCUAAAAGAUCUUACCAAACGGUUCGAUGCGUUUUCGCCACUAUCUCCCUGGAUGCUCGACUUAAUUGCUCAUUUAGCAAUAAUGAACAACCCUUCCCGGCAGGCACUGCCCAUAAACUUGGCCUUCAGGCGUGUCUUUCAACUGCUGUCGGCAGGACUUUUUCUGCCAGGGUCAGCUGGCAUAACUGACCCAACAGAACCAGGCCACAUUCGUGUCCACACAGCCAUGACUUUGGAACAACAGGACAUAUGCUGUUAUACAUCGCAAACUCUAUUGCGAGUGUUGGCACAUGGUGGGUACAAGCAUAUCCUCGGAAUGGAAGGAAACACAAGCAUUGUGCGUGAAAUGUCUGUUUGGAAUGGAGUCGUAGUGUCACCACUCUCAGCUGUGUAUGAAAAACCAGUUGACAAAAAAGAAGGCGAUAUUGAGGAAGACAUUGAAAUGAUCGAACAAGACGAAGUUGGCAGCGACGAUGCAGCAGAUUAGAAAUAAACAUAUUUUUAAUGUGGAAAUAUUUAUACAAAUACAUGCAUUCAUAAGUGUA